AUGUCUUCCAGAUUUGAACCUGUAUCCAAGGUGUAUGUAGGUGAACCAUUAAUAGUGGUUCCAAACAUAAAGUGUCUUUCCCCAUGGCCAAUACUUAUAGAGAAUACAUCUUUUCAAUUGGCUAAACAUGUUACCAUUUCGGCUGGUGGUUACCAGUCAGUGCUAAAUGGAGUACCUUUAGAAUCUGAUGAAUGUGCUUCAGAAGUAAUAUGUGUAACACCCUCCGAGUUAAGUGAAAAUAUUUUAGGUUGUUUCACUAUAAAUUGGAAAAGAACUGAUGUGGAAAGUGAAUGUAAAAGUGGGUAUUCAAGUUUAGAAUUACCUAAAAUUAUUGUUGAAAAAUCAACAUUUCUGGUGGACAUGAAAUUACCAGCUCACGGAUGGUUACAUACCCCAAUGAGCGUUGUAUACUUUCUACAUAACAACUCUGAAUCAUUACUUACGUUAGAUGUAUCGAUGGAAGCCAACGAAGCAUUUAUGAUGGCUGGGCACAAAGAUUUGAACGUCACCGUUUUGCCUGAAAGUACUUACAAGUUGCACUAUAAUCUCUAUCCUCUUGUUGUGGGAGUGUCAACAUUACCAAAAAUGCAUAUUGGCUGCACUUCUGAACCUAAUGAUUUCAAACACAUUUUAAACGAUGUACUAGUUAGAUCUUUACAAACACAAAUUUAUAUUAUGCCCAAACACUUACCAAUACACCAUACAAAUUAA